GUAUCGAACAUCCACGGGUGAGGUCGGCUCAUGCGGCUCGGUUCGUGAGAAAAUUGACGGGACGGUUCGUGUGAUUGUGCGGCGAGAGUUUGUGUGUUCGUGAUAAACACGGAAAAUAUAACUAGAACAAAUAUUUUGGGGGAAAAAUUGGAAAUUUCCUUGCUAAGAACGAGUGUUUUCCUAACCGCGCGCUUUUUCUCAUUAGAAAAAUACUAACUUAAGCAAAAAAUUUUGAGUAAAAGAUCUGAGAAUCUCGUCACCAAAGAUCGGAUGUUUUGUGAUCGGAUAUUCUACUGUUAUUGAUAGUUCGGAACUAUAUUAUAUAUUGGGUGGGACAAAACAAAAAAUUCAAUCACCGAAGAUCAUCCUGUAUUUUGUUUUUCGUUUGGAAAUUUUCUCCCUGAAUGAUAUGUGAAGAUAUGCCGGUGGGAAAAUAUGAAAAGUUUAGUUUUGCGUGUGUAUAAGAGGUAUUGUUUAUGACAGUCAAGUUAAGUGUGUGAUUUAUAGAAUAAGAGAAAAACUGUAACUUUUGUAUUCCACCACCAAAUUUUGGUUAGAACUUUAGGUUAAAAGUAAAAUAGGUACUAUCAGCGUGUGGAUCACCACAAAAAAUAAUGAAAACCAAAUGACCAGGAAAUUUUCACUGAAAUUAGAAGCUUAACCAAACAAAAUUUUCAAAUCUGCGAUGAGGUACAAAGACAGAGGGAAAUUGAGGGAAUGAAAAUGGAGUUAUCAAAUCCUCAUGAGUCUUUUCCCACCUCUUGGUGAUAUAGGACAACUAGAACGUGAGAAACUAUCUUGGAUACAAUUUGUUAGUGAGAUAGUGUAUGAAGAAAGUGGAAAAUUAUAUUGGAGACAGCUUUUUGGUGACAUAAAACGUGAUAAAGUAUGUUGGACACUAUUUAAUGGUGAUAUAGUAGGUAUUGAUAGUGAAAAAGUAUGUUGGACACCGCCUCCUGGUGACACACUACGACUAGAACCUCCGUAGAAAUGCUGAACGCUUUCGUAGACAGCGGUGGUCACCACCAUCACCACCAUCCUCAUCAUCACCCUACCCUGCAGUCGUUGGGGUUGAAGAUGAGUCCACCACCGCCCCCCGUGCCUCAUCACCAGCACCAGGGUGUCCACCCCCAGCCAAUGGCCCCCGUGGCAACACCCCAGGAUGGCGGCCAACAUUUCCACCAGGGCUACCACCAUCUGGAACCGCAUCCUGGGUAUUUCAUCCGGCGGGAACAUGAGUACCAACCGAGCUACCCUGCCGUCGAUCAUGGAGGGUAUCACCCUGGGUUGUAUCCGCACCCUCACCACCACCACACCCGGCCUGAAACAGUGUCCUAUCCUCAGGAUCAUCUCCACCAGGGUGCAGCCUCCUACAACAUGACGGCACCCCCGCAUGGCGCGUUCCUCCGCUAUAUGCGGCAACCCGUCAAGCAGGAGAUGACCUGCAUGUGGGUGGACACUCCGGGACCUCGAAAGACCUGCGGCAAAGCCUUCACGUCCAUGCAGGAGAUAGUGACCCAUUUGACAGUGGAACACGUGGGGGGACCUGAGUGUACGACGCACUCCUGCUACUGGCAGGGAUGUCCCCGCAACGGACGGCCCUUCACAAAGUACAAACUCGUCAACCACAUCAGAGUGCACACCGGUGAAAAGCCGUUUCCCUGUCCGUUUCCCGGCUGUGGAAAAGUGUUUGCCCGCUCGGAAAAUCUCAAAAUUCAUAAGCGGACGCAUACAGGUGAAAAGCCGUUCAAAUGUGAGUUCGACGGGUGUGAUCGCAGGUUUGCCAACAGCUCGGAUCGAAAAAAGCACUCUCACGUCCACACGUCCGACAAGCCCUACAAUUGCCGAGUCUCAGGCUGUGACAAGUCAUACACACACCCCAGCUCACUCAGGAAACAUAUGAAGGUGCAUGGAACUGACAAGAACUCAGCAGCGGGCUACGACAGUGACGAUAGCAACAGCUCUUCAACGGGUUCAAUCAGCGUGGCGGAGAACACCACACCAGGCAGCACGGGCACCUCCCCCCUCCACCAUCCGCACCACAUGGGCACCACCAUACCACCCACCGCAGUGCCGCCACCGGUCAACAUACCGCCCAUACCCAACCACGAGUGGUAUGUGGGUAUGCCCACGCCACCUUCCAACGAGCACUCACCCAUCAACCACCAUCACCACCACCAUUUCAACCAUCAUCACCACCUGCACCAUGGUGCGGCCACCGCCUACUGAGACAGUACCCCCGCUUCACCUAUGGUCAACUGGAGACACCUCAACAACCUAUGACUGGAGGGUAUGGGGUUGGAAGGCUUCAAGGAGGAAGGGUUCCAACUCUUCUAGAUAAUGAAUAUACAUCAUUAUUUCAUGGGUUACAUGCGUAGAGAUAGGUUUCAAGGUCAUCUAAGUGAUUUCAAGGUCAAAAUCUAUGAGGUGAAAGUCUUAUAAAGAGUAAGGGGCUCGAUUUCAAGGUCAUAUCAUUUUUUUAAAUUUUGAUUCAAUUAAAAAGUUUUUUUUUCAAUAUAAAAAUGAUUUUUGUGUGUUUUGAAUUGUAAAUUGAGUGUUAAAUUGAAGAAUGUUAAAUGACACAUAACCUAGCUACAUUUGGACUGUUGUAUAAAUUAGAAUUGGAAACGUUUUGGGCUCAUAAGCCGGUGGUACUUUUCUGUGAGUUGUGUGAUUCCGAAUAAUCAAAUAAAUAUGAGGAUCAUCGAUUUCAAGGUCAUCCAAACCCUUUAUAACAAAAAGCUGUGAUUGGGUUAGAAAAAAGAAGAUAUUUCUCUAGCUGCAUUGAACAGCCGUUCCUCGUUCCUCGCAGAAUAAUGUCUGCUGACUUCUGGAAUUGCCUAUGAAUCAAUCUAAUUUGCUAAUUGCUUGUGUCGAGCUAAUUUGCUCAUUGUCAUCUCUCUUACCAAUUGUCAGACUACGGUUAUUGUCGAUUGGUUGUUCUCACUCUACUUACCGAUUACAGAACGGCACGACACGGCAGGACAGGUAGCUCUCCUAUUGGUCAAUUAGUAGACUGACAUAUAGAGGAUCAGCCAAUUAGAAGGCAUCCUGCCCUGUUUUGUCGUUUCUGUGCUGUCCCGGAAUCGGUAAGUGUGAGAGCAAUCAUUUUCUGAUGGGCGAUUGCACCCAGAUAACCAUAAUGACCUUCGAUUGGCUGAGAAUCAGCUAUUGAGAAUUAACCAAUCCGAGGACAUUCUGGUUGUUGUAACAAGAUUCAAGAUUCAUGAUCUCUUUAUUGCAGGAAAAAAUUCAAGAUUCAAGAUUCCGUUAUUGCAGAAAACAUUGAUACAAAUGCCUAUGCAUUCGUCAUAGAUUAAACUUGGUAAAUAAAAAGUAUUUACAUUCAGAGAAAUAAAAAUUCAAACACAAGCAUACAAACAGCAAAAAAAAUACCCUCAACAGAACAAUAAUUAAUGUCGACCGACAAUCAAUUUGCACAAUUGUUUAUUGUGAUGCAUGAUGAAGAAAUGAAUAAAAAAAAAAUUGAUAAAUUAAUUAAUAAAUAUUGUGAUGGGAGAAUUAGUCAACUAUUCAUGCUAAAAUCCUGAUAUUACCAGGGAAGAUUACCUUGAAAUCCAGUCGAAACCUUGAAGAUCAUUCCAGCACUUUUCAAAGAUAUUUUUACUUCUCUAGGAAUUAAACCCUUGACAAAUCAUUGACUAGUAACAUAGUUGUACCGUUACCAUAGAGUUGUCUAGUUACUUCAGGAGAACAGUUGUAUGAUUUAUGAUUUCAAUUCACGACAAAGUUUUUGGUACUAGAACCUUAGAACUCAAUAUGAAAUCUUGUAGUAAUCCGAAAAACUCCUACGAAACAUCCUUCCAAUCUCAUACUCACAUUCGCAUGCUCCAGUUUAAAUUAGUGAAAAAUUUUGAAGUGAAGUGGGGGUAUGGUUGGUGGUAAUAAAUACUGCACAAGAUUUUUUUUUCCCCAUGACUUUUAUAGAACAAUCAAAGUGGUGUUAAACUUGAUUUUAUCUUUAAUUUGAAACAAAGACUUGUAACUUGUUUUCAAGUGUAUAUAAAAUUGCCUUCUGUCUCUAAUCAUAGUGUAAUAAUGUAUUUGUGAUGUAAGUCUAUUGUAAGCCGUACCUACAUUGUAAAUUUACACUGUACAGUCAUUUUUAGGAAGUAAGCCGCGUUGUAAUAUUAGAGAGACUGUUGACUAUAUUAUUUUUGAAGCCUUCUGUAAAGCGAUGGAGCAAUGUUAUAAAGCAAAGUACAUUCUGAAUAUUUAGUAAUGUAAGUAGCCUACUCGUGAAAUGCGUGAUACCGUUUAUGAUUUUAAGACUUGAAUAAUUCUUGUUUAUCAAAGUCUCAUCGAUAGACUUUCUGAUUAAGUUUCUUGUUUAUAUCACUUCGAGUAUCGGACUAAAAUAGCUUUAUAUUUCAAAUUUCAUGGAAAAUUCUCAUUAUUUUUGUUCCUAGUGUAUCAGAUUGAGUAUUGAUCAGUAAUUCAUAAAUAUUAUUUUCCCGUAUAGAUUUUCUAAAGAAAUCCAGCUUUGAGCUCUUCGAAAAGUUUCAUCCACAGAAUUAGUCAAACAUAAUUUCAGCGGAUUACUAUUAUCUUCACAAGGUUAAUAGAAAUACUAUCUAUAAGUUUUGAAUAUGUGCUUAUUGUGGAAACUCAUAUUUAUUUGAACUACGUUUUUGAUUUUCCUCCCUUCUAUUUUAUCUUCUGGAAGUGUGUACUCCUCUAUUUUUCCCUUAUAGUGAGGUCCACGUUGUAAUUGCAUUGUUUGAUUAGCAAUGUAUUGCUAUCCUUGCCUAUCAUUCAACAAAGCGGAUAGCACUAUCUCUUCCUCGCUUUUCUCUGUUGCCAGAUUGUCUUUGAAAAAUGUAGAAUUAAUAAUUAAUCAACAAAAUAUUUCAUCUUUAUUAUUGGAAUUCAUUAUGAAAGUACUGGUAAAUAUAAUUUUAAACUUAAUAAAAUAUAAUUGAUUAUUUUAAAUGAGAAUGAACCAUUAAUAUUACAUCAAUAAACCUGUAUCAGCUACCGUUUAUAGAUCGGCAUCGUUUUCUCCUAUCUUUCUCCACUGCCAUUAUAACGUGAACCUCACUAUAAACUUUUUUCAAUCUGUGACAUCAAAAUAGUAUCAAGUUAUCAAUUAAUAAGGUUUUAGAGGAUUCAUAUAAAACUAUUAAUUGAAUGAAAAAUAUUGCUUUUGAAUGAGUUGUAGCUGAAUUUUUAUCAUCAAAAUUCUCACACUUCUCAUAUGAAACGUCAUCAAGAUUUAUAUUAUUGAACUUUUUUGAUUAUUUCCUUAGUUUGUUUAUCACUUAUCCGUUCUCAUUCUAGUGAUCACAUUAUCUGUUCUCCAGCAUUGAUCAUUGCGUGGGCAUACAAGGAAAAUCCACUAAGCUCAUGAAAGUAAAUUCAGGAAAUCAAUUUCUAACAUCAAUCAUAAUUUCAUUAUAGUGAUUUUUCACAAAAUAAUUUCAUACUGCAAGAAAUUGAAUAUUCUUCAUUUGUUUGAUAGUUGAUUAUUUAACAUUCAUAGUUUAUAGAAUUAAUUAAAAACUAAUAAAAAAUCAAAGUUUGGAAAAAUUGGAGGUUCAGUUUCCUUGUAAGCCCCCUCUUCUUUUAUCUAUAUCAACUUGUUUAUUUUAUUUACUUGAAUAAUUAUUUAUUGUUUUAUCUGCUCCCUGUCGAGUGCCUUUCAUAAACUUAAAAUUGUGUAACUGAAAUCUAAAUGAAAAUGUCUACCUUGCCUUCAAUAUAUUGUCAAUCACACUGUGCUCUUCUAACUUGAAUUGAACAGCUUUCGUCGAAACACUUACACAUUGAAAUAAAUAUGAAUACUAAGAA